CCAUUCAAUGUAACACUGACACCAGCGUUCGAUCCGAGCCUUGUAAAGUUGAAGGACCAAUCGGGUGGUGAAUUUCCAUCUGAGUCACGUGCCUCACUGCCAGCCACGUUCGUGAUUGAUGUCAGUGAAGCGGGUAAACCCGAUAAAUUAUCAGCCAAAGUGACAGGUCCAGACGGUAAAUUACGAAAGUCAACGAUAAUUGCAACGGGUCAAGCGAAUAUCUACGAGCUGUCGUUCACACCAGAUCUAGCGGGCGUUUACGAGGUGCUGAUAUUCAUCAACGAUAAACCAAUCUCGCACACCGCUUACCGCAUCUACUGUGUGCCUGUUGGUGAUGCCAGUAAAUGUCUAAUGAAAGGUAUUCUCACUCACCAAUUGUUUCGUUUCAGUAUAUAUUUGAAAUGUUACGAUGAUAAUGAAUGA